AAAAUUCAUUUUUCCAUUCCUACAAAGGCAGCACUGACCGGGAAGAAUUAAUGUCUCGCAUAUAGUAUGUAUAUAUGUACAUACCUAAAAACAUUGAUUAAUUGGUCUAUGAUACUGACUCUAUACUUAACCUGUUUUAAUAGUUUUAAAAUAAAAACGAUCGCCUUGUUAUUAUUGUUGAAAUUUGUGUAAAUAUAAAACAUUAUUCUACAAAAUAAUAAUUAUGGCUGGCUCAGCAUUAAGACGAUUAAUGGCAGAAUAUAAACAAUUGACAUUGAAUCCACCCGAAGGGAUUGUUGCAGGUCCAAUUCAUGAAGAAAAUUUUUUUGAGUGGGAAGCUCUCAUAUCCAAAUGCCUUAACUUCAAUAAUUUUAUCUACAGUGGGCCAGAUGGUACUUGUUUUGAAGGUGGAAUUUUUCCUGCCAAAUUAAUAUUUCCACCUGACUAUCCACUCAGUCCACCGAAAAUGCAAUUCACUUGUGAAAUGUUUCAUCCAAAUAUAUAUACUGAUGGAAGAGUGUGUAUCAGCAUUUUGCACGCUCCUGGUGAUGAUCCAAUGGGAUAUGAAAGUAGCGCAGAAAGAUGGAGUCCAGUUCAAAGUGUUGAAAAAAUUUUAUUAAGCGUAAUUAGUAUGUUAGCUGAACCAAAUGAUGAAAGUGGAGCUAACGUUGAUGCUGCUAAGAUGUGGAGAGAAGAAAGAGAAGAAUUCAAUAAAAUUGCUCAAAAACUUGUACGUAAAACACUAGGUGUACCAGAGAAUCAAUGAAAAAUUUUAAAAUAUAAACUAAAGUUAGAAGCAAAUCGAAAAGUCAGUAAAUAUAACACAUACAUACAUGUGUGUGAGCGCAGUAAAAAUUAUUUUGAACCAUUCAAAUAUUUGGACACACGGAAUUAAAGUUUUUUUAAAUAAAAAAAAAAGUUUUAGCGGUUAAAAAUAUUCUUUUAGCUCAAGAAAAUAUUGACUUCGUCCGAGAUGGUCUUGGCCUUAAUAAUACUUUUUUGAUUCGAGAAUAGUUAUAUUUAAAGCUGACUAUUCUUUUCGUGUAUAUAAAUAUAUAACAGCCGUAGCCCACUAACUCGGCUAGGCAUAACUUAAACUUAGUAACUGUUUAUUUUUUUUAAAUGUAAAAUUUUUUUUCUAACUAAGGCAUAUAAAUUGUUGAAAAAAACCUUGAUAAAUCCAAAUAUGCAUACCUUAAGCAUUCAUGUCAUACAUGAAUUCUUUAAAGUAGAAUUUAAGUAUUCAACAAUGCCAGAAUAAAAUUUUUUUUUAUAAAUUAAUUACACGAAAUUUAUUUUAUUUGCUCUUCAAUUUUAAAGUUUGUUUUCACUUCCUCACUAAUAGUAUUUAUUUUUAUUCAUAAAGAAAUCUACAGGUUAAACGUCCUUACGCGUAUCAACAGGUAAAUAAAAAACAAGACAAGUAAAAUGUUCAGUCAAGAAAACGAUCGAUAAGUACACAUUUGACGUCAAGAAUGCAAUCUCUUUGAAGAAUCUUAGAGAUCGAACUGGUCAGACUGAAAAUUACAUAGAAAUUCUGAAAAAAACAUUUUUUUCGAUUUUUUUCGUUAACGAUAACUCACGAACGAAUCAAGCGAUUUUGACCGGCUCGGCGGCGAUUGAUGUUGUUAUAUCCGGCGUGCCGUCUAUAAUACAGGGCCUCCCAUUCCAGCCGAAAAGUGCAGCACUUGCAUAUUUAAGGAACAACGACCUGGACUGCGCGACAAUACACUCGUGGCCGAAGAAUACACAUUACCGCGCAUUGUCACCUUAUCGCAGGAACCAAUUGUUUAAUUAAUAGUCCCACUUAAUAAAUCGCAACCGAGGUGAUAAAAGACGCGAACACCAUAAUUCGACAGCUCAUUUACAAGGUAACAGUUUUGCCUUAGAACCCGGGUGAGUAUUACACCCCGUUACGUGUAGGCCGACUUCAAUUAUUAAAUUAAUUAGUCACCUUUCCCCUAAUUAUUCAUUUCGAUUCCUUAACGGUAUUUCCGAGUUCUGUGAUUGUGAUUCUUCGAGCCACGAUUCGUUUUGACAAUAAUCGAGAUUCCCGCAGUUUCGGUGACCUGGUUCCACUCUCAAAUUAUUUUAUUCUUCUGUGAAUUUAUAAUCGGCGAACUUUUGUUUGCCGGAGUCGUUACUCCGGUUACGAACUCAUAUAAGCUUUCAACUUGUUUUAUAUUGUUAUUAGUUAAUAAGUGAAUAGUGUAAGUUAAGACAUGUUUGUCCAUAGGGCCAAUUAAACAGAAUAUAUAAACCUAAAAACUCG